AUGCUUCACUUGCUUCAAACGCAAGAAUUUCAAUUGUUUUGUGUGUGUUUUCGGGAAUCCGUUACCGUGUUUCCGGUGCGGUUAGUCAAGAACGAAGCUGUUUCAAACGUCAAGAAAACCCUCGUUUCCCGGGUGAAAUACCGUCUUCGAGAUCCACAUCCGGGUCCACACCGGGGAGAAGCCGUUCCCGUGUCCGUUUCCGGGGUGCGGGAAGGUGUUUGCCAGGUCCGAGAACCUCAAGAUCCACAAGCGGACUCACACAGGUCAGUCAAUCCGUGA